UGUGUGUCUCUCUCUCCCUCUCUCUCUCUCCCGGCUGCACACACACACACAGAGAGCGUGAGCGUUCAACGGCGCCGCGAAUUCAUCGGCGCACCAUCCUCUGGCAACAUCACACACGAGCGCGCUCACUCACAUCAUUAUCAGCGCCAUCACCUACAUCAUCAUCGUCGUCGUCGUCCUCCUCCUCAACAUCGCCAUCAUCUCAGCUCUCUACGACGGCUGACAGAGAGAGGGAGGGAGGUGUGUUAUAUAUUUUUUAAUUUAUUCUCUCUCGCUUCUUUCCAACGAUUUUCAUUCCCUCUCGCCUCAUCAUCUCGCAACUCGCCCCCCUCCCCUCUGUGUCUUUUUUUUAUUUAUUCGUCCGAGCGAGCGUGUGCGUCCGUCCGCGCUGUCGCUCUCGUCUGACCGUCUGCUUCUGCGUCGGACCACGCGCGCGCACACACACACGUGCGCGCGCGCGCUCGUAAGCCACACGCGCACGUAGGUCACGAACGCACACGCAGACACACACGCAGACGACACACACACACAGACGGCACGCGCAGACACACGCGCACGCGAGGAAGCGCUUGCCGCCUCGAAUCUGUUCGUCUGUACGGCGGCUCUGACCUAGCCGCCUUCAUCCCCGGGAAUAUUCGGAGCCGGGCUCUCUCGCUCGCUCGCUCGCUCUCGAGGAGGCGUACGGAGAGAGAGGAGAGAGUGAGGAGAGAGAGAGGAGAGAGUGAGGAGAGAGCAUCCCUCAGCGUCCAAGGCUCGGCUCGAAUCCUUCAACUGCCUCGCUCGGCGACUGUUCCUUGACCGCCGUCUCCGCGCUCGCAAUGCGCUGAGUGGAGCGGAGACUCGGCGGCGUGCGAGUUGUUCGGGACUAAAGUGAGGGAUCACGCGGCUCGCGCUGGCGAACGAACCUCCUCGAACAUUCCACGGUGGCAAUUCAUCGACAAAGGGUCGUAGCCCGAAACGUCGCCCUCAUUGACAUUUGGAGCGGCUGUUGUUUUACGAAGGCCGUGUUAAUGAGGACGGUGGUGGGAUUAUUUUGUUUCUUUGUUUUGAUUGCGAUGCCGAGAAGAUUACGUGCGGUGAUUUAGCAAGAUAAGCAUCGUCCACUAUAUCAACAACAAUAUCAACAACCAGAUCAACAACAAUAUCAACAACAACAUCAACAACAAUAUCAACAACAACAUCAACAACCAUAUCAACAACAGCAGCAAUAGUAACAAGAUAAAGAGAGGAUUAAGAACGUUCGUUUUGAUCGAGCGCGUGAAUUUCUGUCAAAGUUUUUGCAAAUGAAAGAAACACCGAGAUUAAUUAAAACAAACCGCGUGCUGACACACAUCAACAAGAACGGCAACAGUAGCGACAAACAAUAUCAAAUAAACGACGGUAACAAUUACGAUUGAUUGCAUGGACCUCGUUAAGCUUGUGCUGAUUAUGAAUUGAGAUAUAUUUGCAAACCAACUUCGCCGUUGGCAUCUGCUCUAAUCAAAACCGUGACCUGAACAACAACUCAACAACAACAGCAACAAACAACACAAUAUCAACAACUCUGAAAGUAUUCUUGGUUCUUUCGGUAAAGUCACGUAGAAGGGAAUUAAUAAAAUAAUAAUAAUAAAACAUAAUCAAAUACAAUUCUCACGACGUUUCGGCCACAACGCAAGCAGCCGUCCUCAGGUGAAGAACAGGGCUGUCGGGAAGCUUCAAAUCGAAAUUUAACUCUGAAAGUGUUCAUUAUCGGACCCGAGUUGAAAACCUAUUUUUUCAAUAUUUUGCCGUGAAGACUCAAACUCUUCCAACACCACCACCACCACCACCGCCACCACCCACCGCACAAACAAUCCCCCCCCCCAAAAAAAUCACUUCCAAGUCAUCAGCGCUCGGAUGAACCGCACGUACGCUGCCCACUGCGGCCGCGGCGCGGAUUCAAACGAAUCUGGCGGCUAGCCAGCCCCACCAAGAGCCGGCGAACUGACUCCAACUCGCGCGCGAUGCCGGCCCCCUCGGCGCCCUGGUCCAUGCACGCCACCGCGGCCGCGCAGAGGCGAUGCCUCCUCUUGCUGAGGCCUCGCCCCGUCCGGCCUCUCAGAUUCCUGGCCCUCUUGGCUCUCUACCUGUCCGUCGGGAGUCUUCUGCUCUCCCACUCGGCACCCCUCGUCGCCCGUCUCGCCGCCAGGGCUGGGGUCGCUGCCGGGAGUGGUGGUGGUGGUGGUGGUGUUGGUGGUGGUGGUGUUGGUGGUGUUGGUGGUGGUGGGGGUCACGUGGUGGUCUCGACAGCCGUCUUGGAGGAGCCUUCAGGAGCUCCCUUGGAGGGGACCCUGCUGCAGCAGCAGAAGCAGCUGCAGCAGCAGCAGGGGGCUGCGUUGGGCGUCGGCAUGUGGACCUCAAGGGGGUCCGUGUCGGAAGGGACUCACAGAGAUGCUUCGCCCCCCGCCGCCUUUCCAGGGCUACCCCGCGGUGGUGGAGGUGGUGGAGGUGUUGGUGGUGGAGGUGGUGGUGGUGGUGGAGUUGGUCCGGACGAACCCUUCUCUGGGGGGGCUCGCAUCAUCAAGUACCGGCCCCCCUGGAUGCGUCAGCGAGCCGAGGGCAGCGAGCGUCCUCAGGGAGGAUACGGGGGGGCAGUGCAGCCCCCCCUGCCCGGAGUCAUGGGGGGCAGCGGUGGCGGUGGCGGUGCGAGAGCUGCAAGCGAGCAGGACGAGUCCGGGAAAGCUCGUUACGUGGGCUGCUUCGCUGAUGAUCCCAAGCAGAGGACUCUGCAAGGACUCGUGCUCUACGACUACCGGAAGAUGACCCUCUUCCGAUGUCAUGACAACUGCGCCGAUCGGUGA